GUCAAUCCAACCAGCUGGUCACUGAAUGAUGGCUACGGUGAUGCAACAAGAAUGAAUCAGCCGAAAUCUGAUAAGCGUAAUCAGCCGAGAGAGUUUCAAGGUCAAGUGGCAGUAGCAUCAUCGAAAAGCAGUGCGAAAGCACCGAUUCUGUAUGUUGGUGGAAAUGGAACCAUAUCGGUGAUCAUGAAUAUGGGUGUUAUUAUCGAGAUUGCGGCCGAUCGUGCUAUGAGAGUGCUGUGCCACGAUAAAUUCUCGUCAUCAUGCAACAGUACGGGCACAACCGCAUGCAUACUACAUCCAAAUGCGCGUAUCUUUCAACAGGGCGAAAAGGUUUUCUGCAAUUUUGCUACAACACCAUACACAUCCAAUAAAUCGGCUGUUUUUGGCGCCGAAGGUGUUCUCUUUACAAUGUCGCAUUUGGGCGAAACCUACUUUGUGUCUAGUUCAGCAGUGAAAGGAACCGCUUCGGUUCCAUCAGUUCUUUUGCAGUUUCCGAAUUUGAAUCAUGAUUUCACGUUGCGACAUUUCUAUAGCGAAUGUCAAACUGGACAAGAGUUUACAAAUUUAUGCAAUGAUAUCGUGAAACGAGCGCGUUACGGCACCCGUAAUGAUGACUCGCUUAUGAUCACCAUCAAUGAUAUCUACAUAAAACAAGAGCCGAAUGGAAAUGUUGAGGUGAAUUGUCGUCCAAGGCAUAUCAGUUGCUCACCAACCAAUGGUACCAUACGUGUUCGUACUGAUCUGGUUGAUAUGGCCGUGCAGGUUCAUCAUACUGUCAAUGCAUACUCAUGGAAUUUUUUUGAUUCGUUUCGUUAUCAAAUCUGUUUCGAUUGA